AUGCAUAUUACCCACAAACUAUCUGGCGGUAUUUAUUCGGUUGCCAAUUUGUUGGCUGAAAAGCAGAGGCCGUUGUCAUCGUGUGAGCAUACUCUACAAUGUGGACGUGAGAUAAUGGAAAGGUUGGGAGUGACCUUGGCAUUCCAACAAAAGCUUGCGCUUAUGCAGCAAGGUAGGUUUUUCUGUAUGUACUGUCACAUUUUCGCUUCGUAUUCAUAUAUCCACCGAUGCCAAUGGAAAUUCGUCACAUAUCAACAUCAAAAUAAUCCCGCUACGGAUAAGCAGUUCAAAUGCAGUCAGUGCGGAAAAACGUUUAAGAGAUCGUCUACGUUGUCAACCCAUCUUCUCAUUCACUCGGACACACGUCCCUAUCCCUGCCAGUAUUGCGGUAAAAGGUUUCACCAAAAAAGCGACAUGAAGAAGCAUACUUACAUCCAUACAGCGCAUAGUGAACAAAAUAGUUGCCUCACUGCAGUAAAAUUUCAGCCUUUCGCUUGUGAUGUGUGUGGUCGAACUUUUCAACGGAAGGUGGAUCGAAGACGUCAUAGAGAAGCACAUCAACCUUGUCAUUUUGAAGAUUCCGACGGUAGACCACCCGGCAUCUUUCUUACUCCGCAUGAAUCGAAACUAAACUGCCACUCUAUGUUCGUGAGCUGUUCCAUCUACAGCUUUUAA